GUAGAAGCUCAAGUAGGCUAGAAGAGAAGAUUAGGAAGACUUACCCAAACACAAUCAAAUAUAGAAUAACAUUCAAAUUAACUAGAUAAACACAUUCAUUCAUUAAAAUCCUAAAAUAUCUAUACAUACAUAGUAACCCUAAAACUAGGGUUUAGGGUUUAGAACCCCCAUUACCUUAGAGGACUACUUCAUAAAGGAGUGAAGAAGAUACAUAGAAGAGAUGUAAGAAGACUUGAUGUUGAGAAAGAUGACUCCUCUCUUCUAGCUCCUUCUCCUUCCUUCAUCUUCUCUUUCUUCUCUGUCUCUAAAACCAUAAAUUCUCUCUCACAAUCAGCUCACUUGAAUGGGGGGAAAGGGGUCUUCUACUUAUAGGCAUUAGAGGACGGAGAAGAUCGCGGGCAGGCAGGGUUGAGAUCACGGGCGCGAUCUUCUUCAUGGGGGGUCGCGAUCUUGUGAUGCUGCCGUUUCGGCAUUCGGGGACGAGGAGUUCACGGGCCGACUUCGCGGUCACGAUCCACGAGUCGCGGCCGCAAACUUCCUCGCGAUCAGUUUGCACUAUGGUCGUGUUCUGGCUUGGGAAACUCUCUGUUUCUCCUCUGCUGCUUCUUCACGAAGUUCGCGCCUUGAGCCCUCCAAUUCGUGGCCGCAAUCUAGGACUUCCGGGUCGGGAUCUUCAUCUUGAUGCGUAGGCUAUGAUCUCGGUCAUGAUCUCCAUCUCCAGGCUGCGAUCUUCAGUCUUCUGCCCCCUUUGCUACACCUGUGUCCUUAUUUUGUACCUAAUUCGCAUGUAUUGCCUAAAGCACUCUAAAAUCACAUCGAAAUCAAAUAGGAAUGAAAUAGGUCAUGAGCA